CCGGGAGAGCCGCUCUGUGCCCCGGCAGCGAUGGGGACGGUGCUACCGAGCGGGCUGGCCCUGGCCCUGGCCCUGGCGCUUCCCUCCCUGGCCCUGGAGAACGGGCUGGCGCGCACUCCCCCCAUGGGCUGGAUGUCCUGGGAGAGGUUCCGCUGCGACGUGGACUGCCAGGAGGAUCCCCGCAACUGCAUCAGUGAGCAGCUCUUCAUGGAGAUGGCAGACCGGCUGGCAGAGGAUGGCUGGAGGGAGCUGGGCUACGAGUACGUCAACAUUGAUGACUGCUGGUCUGCCAAGCAGCGGGAUGCGGCCGGGCAGCUGGCUCCCGACCCCAAGAGAUUUCCCAGUGGAAUUAAGGCUCUGGCUGACUAUGUCCAUGCCAGGGGCCUGAAGCUGGGCAUUUAUGCUGACCUGGGCAUCUUCACCUGUGGGGGAUACCCAGGCACCAUGUUGGAACAUGUGAAGCAGGAUGCCCAGACCUUUGCAGCGUGGGGUGUGGACAUGCUGAAGCUGGAUGGGUGCUACUCGUCUGCAGAGGAGCAGGCAAAAGGAUACCCAGAAAUGGCGAGGGCCUUGAACGCCACAGGCCGCCCCAUUGUCUACUCCUGCAGCUGGCCAGCAUAUCAGGGGGGUCUUCCCCCCAAGGUGAACUACACCAUCCUGGCAGAGAUCUGCAACCUGUGGCGUAACUAUGACGACAUCCAGGACUCCUGGGAAAGUGUGCUUUCCAUUGUGGACUGGUUCUUCACAAACCAGGACGUGCUGCAGCCAGCAGCUGGCCCUGGGCACUGGAACGACCCCGACAUGCUCAUCAUUGGAAACUUUGGCCUUAGCUAUGAGCAGUCACGCUCCCAAAUGGCUCUGUGGACAGUGAUGGCAGCUCCACUCCUCAUGUCCACGGAUCUCCGCACCAUCUCCCCCAGCGCCAAGGAGAUCCUGCAGAACCCCCUGAUGAUCCAGAUCAACCAGGACCCCCUGGGAAUCCAGGGGCGCAGGAUUGUCAAGGAGAAAUCCCACAUCGAGGUGUUUCUGCGCCCACUGUCCCAGGCUGCCAGUGCUCUUGUGUUCUUCAGCCGGAGGACAGACAUGCCCUUCCGCUACACCACCAGCCUGGCUAGGCUCCACUUCCCUGAGGAUGCCGUCUAUGAGGUACAAGACGUGUACGUUGGGAAGAUCGUCGGGACCUUAAAGACAGCAGACAACUUCACAGUGGUUAUUAACCCCUCGGGGGUGGUGAUGUGGUAUCUCCGUCCUGUGGCACUCCCGCUACAACCCUGGCAUGUUGUCAGACAGCAAGCCCCUGGCAAGGGUUUCCACCCAGCCCUCCUAUGACAGGGCCCAGUGGAUGGGCUGUGGACCAGUGCCAGGGUGAGCUGUGAGCCCCCAGGGCACGUGGCUCUUCACUGCACCAGUGCCUUUUGCUGGUGAGCCCAGCAAUGCUGGGCAGUAACCAUCCCCUGGUACCAGCUCGAUCAUGUCUGCUCCAUCUUUGUGAAUCAGGAAUUCUUGUUACCCACUGUCUAAGGGUAUGCAGAGCAUACUGCCCUGGUGAUUGCAAAGUCUUUUGAGAUCCUCCUGUGGAAGACGCCACACAAGUAGAAUCCAGCCACUACUGAAGUUUGUCAGCUCUGACAUCUAAGAACUUCAUUGCUUUGAGCUGGGUACUACUGGCUGCUGCAGGGGCUGUUUGAACUACACCUGUAGAAAGGCUUUGGGUGCUUUAGUAUCUCCUAGGGUUGUCACAUCCCCUUUUCCUUUUUCCCCUCAGCCUCACCACCCAAGUGUGUGAUGGUGUUAACCUCAAGGAUCAGAAUUGGUCACCUUCUUUCUUCCUUUUGCUGUCAUCAGCUUGGUUUAGAGUAAGGGGCUGUCAACAGGGCUGCAUCUCUCCCACAUAUCCCCACUAGGACCAAGAGCUCUUGGAGGCAUGAUGGUCCUGUGCAGUGAGGCUUUGCUUGCACAUGAUCCUAGAGGCCAGCACUACUGCACGCUAGUGUGCUAGCACUGUAUUAAAGCCACUCUGGUAGAAGUUUACAGCAGAGCAGAGCAAAAAUCUCCACAAGCCAUACAUGACCCCAGGAACUGUGCUGAGGUACACCAAAAACUGCAGAGCCAUAGCAUGCUGUGUAGGAGUGCUGGCAGGAAGAUGCUGAUACUCAGUUCAUGUGGUCCUUUGGGUUGGGAGUUGGUCACAGGUGCCUCCAAGCUGAAAGUUGCAUCCUUCUUUCUCUAGAAAGAAUUUCUGCUAAAAGGAGGAUCAGAUCCUACUCCAGCAGGCUGAAAACUUGGUGUUUCUCAGGGAAAGGCUUCUUCUCCCAGGGGCCCUUGCAUCCACAGCUCUAUCCUGAGGAGAAGCCUGCACUAAUAAACUGAAGUGAGUGUCAGGAUACUCUAAAGCCCUCAACUGCUUCACCUCCAUACAGCAGACAACCUAUGGAAGAGUUCUAGGUGACACAAGAUUAAGCCUCAGACUGGGGAAAUACAUUUUAGAUUAAGAAAAAAAAAAAAAUAAUAAAAAAUCUCUCUUUCUAUACAGCUGUGAGAGGGUUCCUGGUCAUCUGUUCAUUCUGGUUCCUGAAAGACUAAAUGGUUGAUUCUGGCCCCUUCCAGAAACUUUCUCUGGGGUGCAGGGUCAAGAUACUGCACACAAUGCUUGCAGUCCUAAUAAGGAAGAACUUACUAACAAAACAAGGUGCUGGCUUUGUUCUUGGAGAGUGAUUGAGGUAAAUUGAUUGAAAUAAAAAGAAGUAAACUCUGUUUCA